UGCUAUGCAUUUUAUAGUGCUACGUAAAUUUCAUGUCUUUGUUAACAAUCAGUAUAAUAAGAUGGAUAGCGUUUAUGGAAUGUACUAUCUAUUAGCGUGAGAAUGAAUGGCGUGGUAAGGCUGGUUAUAGGUACCUUCAUUGUAAGGGGUAUCUAUGCCGGUUACUGCACGACAGCGUACUCCUGUCAAGGAUCAUGUUCAACUUCGCAGACUUAUUACAUAAGUUGUGAAUGGUUUGGAUGGGGCAGAUGUGCUAGAUCCCGAACUGUUUACAAGCAGUGUACACAAACAUGCUAUAGAAGUGAAUGUUGUGCGGGCUAUUCCGGAAGUUUCUGUAGCACCCCUUCGUGUUUUGGGUCAUAUUCGUGUCCUAACGGUGGAAAAUGCCAAUCUCCAGACAUGUGUAGCUGUCCUCGUGGCUUCUCCUCGCCCAGGUGUUAUGAUAUCAACGAAUGCAGCAGCAGCGGUCAUGGGUGUCAACACAAUUGUGUCAAUACUCAUGGCUCUUUCCGUUGUAGAUGUAAAGCAGGCUAUACACUGACCUCAGAUCUAAAAUCAUGUCAAGACCUAAACGAAUGCAAUGUCAACAAUGGAGGAUGUAGUCAACAAUGCAACAACAACGUUGGAUCUUUCUCGUGUAGCUGUAGAGCAGGAUACACACUUGGUACUGACGGACGAUCAUGCAACGAUGUGGAUGAAUGCGUGCUCGGAACAGCAGCUUGUUCUCAGAAAUGUGCAAACACUGAAGGUUCCUUUACAUGCUCAUGUAAUACUGGAUACACUUUAGGUGUUGACAGACGUUCGUGUGAAGAUGUCGACGAGUGUGUUGAUGGAACAGCCAAAUGCGUUGGUUACUGCAACAACACCCCUGGAUCUUACACAUGUUACUGCGACCCUGGUUAUAUACCUGACAAUACCGGCUAUUUCUGCAAAGACGUGAAUGAGUGUGACACUGGAAACGGCGGAUGUGCUCAAACAUGUAUCAAUGAGCCAGGUUCACACAGGUGUGAAUGUCGAAACGGAUACAAAGCUGUGUUUUCAAGUACAGAUAGCGAAGUGUGUGAAGAUAUAGAUGAAUGCAUUGAAUCAAGUGCAUUAUGCUCUCAAAUUUGUGACAACACAGUUGGGUCCUUUAAGUGUAGUUGUUAUAGUGGUUUCAACCUUAACACAGAUGGUUUUUCUUGUAUAGACGUUGAUGACUGUGAAGGCGUUGUAUGCAUGAACAAAGGUACAUGCGUUGAUGGGUUGAACAAAUACACGUGUACGUGUGAAACAGGUUUCCACGGCAAACACUGCGAAACAGAUAUUAAUGAGUGCGAAUUCGCAAAUGGGGGUUGUCAAGAGGUAUGUACAAACUCAGAAGGUUCGUUUUACUGCAGUUGUAUAGGAAAUCGAGAGCUAAGGGAAGAUGGUUUCUCGUGUUUUGUAGGGGAAGUAGAAGAGCAGACUGUGUUUGAACGACUCGAAAUUCCUCGACAGCUCCUGCCGAAAGCGUGUUUCACUGUAACGCUUGCCCAAUGCGUAGAUGGAAAUGCCAUUACAAUUUAUUUAAGCUCUACAGCGCACUGGUAUAAACUGCAUGUAGAUCAAAACCUGCUGUUUACACAUGGUGUUGUUUUUGCUAACGUAAACAAUUUCUCUGUACCAAUAUCACUAAAGGGACUUGAGGUGAUUGUAAGAAAUGGCGAGUUUACGUUAAAUUAUGGGUCGCUGCACGAAUUUACUGAAGGAGCAAUAAUGGAAAGUGGAAAAACAGACGAUGGUUGUGCAGCGUUUGAUCUUGUUGAAAGUGAUAUAUUCGAUUUCAUAAGUAUGGACUCCUUUAUGAAGACUUUAUUAUUUUCGCUCUUUCCUGCAAUGCCUUCCUGGCUAAGAUUUGAAAAAUCAAGAAGUGAAGUUUUGUCUAUUCAAGAUACAAAAAGUACUCUUGUUUAUGGGAGAGACAUGGAUGAUGUUUCGUGGUGUGACGGUGCACCAGUUAUAUCAAAUCAUUUAUACACGGUAUUUAGGUUUAGUACAGGAUUUAAGCUCAAUAUAUUAGGGGAUGUGAUAGACAUACCAAAACCAUUAAGUUCGAGACGAUUUUGCUUGAUUGUCGACCUUUGCCAACAUAAUGGCGGGACAGUGUUUUUGAUGAUACCAGAUGGUUCCCGAGAUAUGUUUGUAGACAUCAGCAUGUUCCAAGUGCUUAAAAAUAGACAAAACUUGCACAUUCGUCCGAGAGGAAUUGGAAUUUCAUUUUUGAAAGGAAUAAAUGCAAAUUACCAGACAUUAUCUGAACAACUCUGGAACGGGGACACAAUGUUUACACCAAUUCAGCCUAAUGUGAAUGUCUGGAUAGGUGGUGAUAUCAGCAAAUAUGACAAUCUUUUUACAGUGGAAGGAAACGCUGAUAUAUAUUUUGGUGUUCCAAGCACUCAAACAAUAUUAACAUCAAUGUUUGUAGAAGAGUGGACAGGAUUUAUCGAUAUCCAACUAUCUUUGUCACCUAUUCUCCGAUUUGAUUUAUUUGGCAAGGAACGUUCUUUGACCUUUCAAUUGCUUAAAUAUACUGCAAAUGCGUAUAUUUCUAUCGGAGGUUCAAGUCGUCAAUGGUGUGGUGAUGGUUCAAACCCAGAAGGAUUGUUCCUCUCAUUAAUGGUUGAAUCGAACCCAUUUAAGGGAAUACCUUUUCUUGAAGACUUUUCUCAAGUAAAUCGUGUACAUUUGUUCAUGAACACAGAUCCAAAAGAUAAUCCUUUAGAAGGAAUACAGUUUAGUAUAGCAAACGAUAUACUCGAACUUGACAAUUUCUUAAACAAAACCACAGAAAUACUUAACGAAGGAUUGUUAAAUACCGAACUCGCCGUUUCAAAUACAAUUGAAACAGUUGUUGUACAAAUAAAAGAUACUUUAUAUAUAAUUAAGACAAAAAUACACGUACAUUUAAAUGAUUUGUUUACUGGAGACUAUAAAGAGCUGAUCAAAGAUAUCAAUGGUAUCCACAAAAACCUAGAACAUAUAAGGUCAGCACUUAUUGUUUUAAAAGAUAGAACUGAAUUUGUUAUAAAUGAAUCGAAAGAUCAUUUUGUAAAACUACUAGAUGAUCAUGUCAAAAUGAUAGAGGAUAAUGUCAGAAAUAUAACGAAAAUAUAA